CUAGUCUAGUCAAACUGUGCACAGCUUCCCUGAGAGCUCCCCGCAGCCCUGGCCAGAGCAGGAGGUGCAAGAAGAAUUAACCGUGGGUCUUCUCAUCUCACCUCCCCCAUCCCAGAUUCCCCCUUCCCUGCGGGUACCGGACAGCCAGAAACGCCUACCAACUGUGGGGAGAGAGAGGGCGUCUAAGAUGCCUCUCUUCCCUCCCAACCCCCACCCAUAGCCCCUCUUCUGCAUUUUGUAAUCAGGAUGGAGGGGGGUCAGAACCUGCCCUGCUUUCUUGGCUUCCUCUUCUCCUCCUCCAGGGCUGGAAACCCCACCUUCUCCAUUCCACUUCCGUUCUGAUUUCCUACCCACCUGUGGGUGCCAGGCACUCUUCCAGGUACAGAUGACAACACUAGCCUCACCAUGGAGGACAAGGCUGUGUCCCAGGAACCUAUGCCCUGGGACAGAGGGUGGGGAAAAACAAGUGAAUUAUCAAUGGGACUCAAUGGUGGCCAGGGGAAGGUGUGAGGGCCUGCAGGGAGUGGGCAGCCAGAGAACAGCCAGGCCACGGUCAAGGUCUGGGCCAGCAGGCAGGGGUGCAUAGGUGAAGGUGGAAGGGCAGGCAAGCACCAGGGUAAGGGGCUUAGUUGCCAUCAUAAGGUGGGUGUGGCCUUGGGGAGCCAGCUGCAGGACAUGAUCUGCAACCUGGGGGGAUCAAUUGUGGGAAGCCAGAGGCAGGUGCAGGCUGGUGAGAGGAGGGCCAAACCCAGGAGCAGGUGUGGGUGGAAAGGCAGUCAGAGCUGGCUGGCUUUGGAGGGGGGCUGUGUGGGGAAGCCACCGCAGAGGCUGGGACUGCUGGGUUUAAUCUUUCUUUACCUAUGCAAUUUGUAAAGGCUCCACGGGGAGUCAGAACUGUGCAGAGGUGAAAACACAGACUCCACGCCAUAACUGCUGGAGGGGGUGGGUGGGGAGAGGAGCAGGGUGCUCCUGGGGUGAGGCACGCCCGAGUCUGUGGAGGAGGGCACAGUUGUGCCUGCACUCGAAUCACACUGCACCCCAGCAAAGUUUUCUAGAGCUAGGGGUCUCAGCCCUGCCCCUGCCCAGUAAGGAAACCCAGGAAGUCACCUGGCCCACUGAGCCUCAGUCUCUGGCUCUGACUCCAGGAGCAGUGAGGGCAGCCCCGAGUGUCUGACAUUGUCCUGACACAUCCAGGUGUUCAGGCUUCCUACUCCCUACCUGGGAAGAGGUGACCUGAUGGCUUUCUGUCCCCAGACCUGUUGUUCAUGCAGGAAGCUGCCACCCUCAGAGCCCCUGGUGGACCGCCUACCUCAUGUCACUGGCCCGUCUCCUCUCUCUGACAGAAGGGAUGUCCAAAGAGGCUGCACAGCAGGAACAGGGUCUGGCCCAGAACCAGAGCGUCCCACCUCAGGGUUCUUCCAGGGCCUCCUUGGUUUCUGCUACACUCAGACAGGAGAUGGGGGGCCUCAGAGGAACUCCCAGAAGUGGAGGUGCAGUGGCUCACACCUGUAAUCCCAGCACUUGGGAGGCCAAGGCGGGUGGAUUGUCUAAGCUCACAAGUUUGAGACCAGCCUGAGCCAGAGUGAGACCCCAUCUCUAAAUAAUAGCCAGGUGUUGUGGUGGGUGCCUGUAGUUCCAGCUACUUGGGAGGCUGAGGAACCCAAGAGUUUGAGGUUGCCGUGAGCUAUGGCACCACAGCACCCUACCUAGGGUGACAAAGUGAGACUCCGUCUCCAAAAAAAAAGGUGUGAGACACCAUAGGGUGGGGCCAAGGGACCCAACACCCCCAAACUUCAUGUGGGUGCCCAUACUGCUCCCUAGAACCUUCUGACCUACCAGGAUGCAACAUGCCUUGAUUUUGUUUCACUACCCUGACAUAGGAGACUGCCUCAGCUUCCCCAUCUGUAAAACUGGAGGACACACCCAGAGGCCUGGUCUGAUGCAUCUGCAUAAACCUGCAGCACUAGAUGGAGCACAACCACCUGAGAGACUCCAUGGGGGGCGCUCUAGCCCAAGGAGACUCCAGCCAGCCCAACCUUCUGGUCUUUAGUCUGUGCAGUGUGGGCAGAAUCCAACCAGAAUGGGCAGCAGGCAGGAGGCUGAGGUGUGCAACUCUGACCUUGUUCUUUUAAGUCAAACUUAAGAGGUGGCCAGGCCAAGCCACAGUAAUCUGGCUUUGCUCACCAGGGCAACCCCUGGGCCCACUGUUCCAGACAGACAGAAACUACUCCAAGGCUGCCCUAGCCCAUGGGAGCCAGCCCAGUGUCCUGGAAAAGGCUUUAAAGAACAGGACAGAAAGAGCGCAGGGUUUGAAACAUGGCGGACGACGUGGACCAGCAACAAACUACCAACACUGUAGAGGAGCCUCUGGAUCUUAUCAGGCUCAGCCUGGAUGAGCGAAUUUAUGUGAAAAUGAGAAAUGACCGAGAGCUUCGGGGCAGAUUACAUGCUUAUGAUCAACAUUUAAAUAUGAUAUUGGGAGAUGUGGAAGAAACUGUAACUACUAUAGAAAUUGAUGAAGAAACAUAUGAAGAGAUAUAUAAAUCAACAAAACGGAAUAUUCCAAUGCUUUUUGUCCGAGGAGAUGGCGUUGUCCUGGUUGCCCCUCCAUUGAGAGUUGGCUGAUACAAAGAAUUUAUCAUCAAGGAAACUUUGUCCAAGUGCCGCUUUAAAUGUGAAAGACAUUCAAAGGAGAAACCUGCGUACAUUUCUAUAUUAAGAAAUGACCAAGGAUUCUUCCACUCCUGAAAUGAGUUAAUUUGUAGAUAACUCACAACUCCUAAAGCUAAACGUCAUUUUUAUUUUUCUCCAACAUUGCCAAUAAAUGUGAUCAUCAAG